AUGGAAUCUGGUAAUCAAAUAAACGGGACUCUUCAAUUAGUUUUCAUUCGGGUAGGGUUUGAAAUGGGUGGAGGAGAGCGGUUUUUUAACAUUUCACCACUAAUGUCCUCUCUCGCGACCGUACACCCACAUCCAGAACAAUCGCCACAAGCUGCGUUCAAUAAGUUGCUUGAGAUCGAAGGGUCUCUCGAUAGUAUUGACACCCAGCGCUCAAUUGAGAUCGCCAACAUCUUUGCAAACUAUGAUGAGAAGAAGCUGCCAUUUUUACAAAAGCGGGAUGCCAUCAUCAAGGCGGAAAUCCCCGCUUUCUGGAGCAUUGCUUUUAGAAACCAUCCUGUUCUUGGCACACUUCUCGAAGAGGAGGACAUUGCAGUCUUCUCAUAUCUGUCCUCUAUCACUGUAGAGAAGAUCAGUAGCAGUGGCGAAGGAAAACGGAUUAUCUUUACCUUUAAUGCCAACCCCUACUUUUCUAAUGCUACUCUUGUUAAGGAAAUUAACGAAGAGGAAGGCACCAAAAACUAUCCAAUUGACUGGCUUCCUGGCAUGAACCUGAUUGAGCCGACACAGGGCAAUCAGAAGCGACGCCACACGGCCACAGCCUCCUUCUUUGCAUGGUUUUCUGACGAAGAUCGUGAGGUUGCAGAUAUAAUUGCUACGGAGCUAUACCCAAACGCCAUCAAAUACUACUCAGGAGAGUAUUCACAGGAGGAGAUUGAUGAUGAUGACGAGGAUCUAGAAGAAGAUGAGGAUGAUGAGGAUGAAGAUGAGGGAGAGAAUGAGGAAGAUGAGGAGGAGGAAGAUUCUGAGGGCGAGGAAUAG